GGCGCACGCAGGCGCAUGCGGAGGGCACUCCUUUCUCCGACACCGCCGGCGGAGGGUUACAUAGGGGCGUGGCUACUAGCAGGCGUGGUCUCGGGCGUGGCUUCGGAUAGGGGGCGUGGCCAGAAGUAUGUCAGCGGGAGGUGGGGGCGCCCUCCCAGUCUCGCGCUCUCGGCCGUCCGCGCCGCGUCCUUUCCGCCUGUGCGUCGCCCCCGUCGCCGGUCCCCUGUCCCGAUCUCGGCUCGAUCUCGGUCCCCAGCGCUCGCCACAGCCAUGUCGGAGCGGACGCCGUCCGGACGCGAAGAGAUCCUGGAGUGCCAGGUGAUGUGGGAGCCGGACAGCAAGCGCGACACGCAGAUGGACCGCUUCCGCGCGGCCGUGGGUGCCUCCUACGGCCUGGCGCUGGAGAACUACAAUGACUUGUACCACUGGUCGGUGGCGUCCUACUCGGACUUCUGGGCCGAGUUCUGGAGGUUCAGCGGACUCAUCUUCUCACGCAUGUAUGACGAGGUGGUGGACACUUCCAAAGGGAUCGCGGACGUCCCCGAGUGGUUCCGCGGCAGCCGGCUGAACUUCGCGGAGAACCUGCUGAGGCACCGGGAGAAUGACAAGGUGGCCCUGUAUGUCGCAAGGGAAGGCAGAGAGGAGAUCGUGAAGGUGACCUUUGAGGAGCUGCGGCAGCAGGUGGCUCUGUUCGCAGCAGCCAUGCGGAAGAUGGGCGUGCAGAAGGGGGACCGCGUGGUAGGUUAUCUGCCCAACGGCGUGCACGCUGUGGAGGCCAUGCUGGCCACAGCGAGCAUUGGCGCCAUCUGGAGCGCCACGUCCCCGGACUUCGGCGUGAACGGUGUCCUGGACCGCUUCUCACAGAUCCAGCCGAAGCUGCUGUUCUCGGUGGAGGCCGUGGUGUACAACAGCAAGGAGCACAGCCACAUGGAGAAGCUGCAGCAGGUGACGAAAGGACUCCCGGACCUGAGGAAGGUGGUGGUGAUCCCCUACAUCAACUCCAGGGACAAGAUAGACCUCACCAAGAUCCCCAACAGUGUGUUCCUGGAGGACUUCCUGGCCGGCGGCCCUGGCGAGCACCCCCCGCAGCUGGAGUUUGAGCAGCUGCCUUUCAACCACCCGCUCUUCAUCAUGUUCUCCUCGGGCACCACCGGGGCUCCCAAGUGCAUGGUGCACUCCGCCGGGGGCACCCUCAUCCAGCAUCUGAAGGAGCACAUGCUGCACGGGAACCUGACCUCCAGCGACGUCCUGCUGUACUAUACCACGGUCGGCUGGAUGAUGUGGAACUGGAUGGUGUCCGCGCUGGCCACCGGGGCGUCCCUGGUCCUGUACGACGGCUCCCCGCUGGUGCCCACGCCCAACGUGCUGUGGGACCUGGUGGACAGGGUCGGCAUCACCGUGCUGGGGACGGGUGCCAAGUGGCUGGCAGUGCUGGAGGAGAAAGGCCUGAAGCCGGUGGAGACCCACAGCCUGCAGACGCUGCACACCAUCCUGUCCACCGGCUCCCCGCUGAAAGCCCAGAGCUACGAGUACGUGUACCAAUGUGUGAAGAGCAACGUGCUGCUGGCUUCCAUCUCAGGGGGCACCGACAUCAUCUCCUGCUUCGUGGGCCACAACACGUCGGUCCCAGUGUACAAGGGCGAGGUCCAGGCCCGGAACCUGGCCAUGGCCGUGGAGGCCUGGGACGAGGACGGCCAGGCCGUGUGGGGCGAGAGCGGGGAGCUGGUGUGCACGCGGCCGGUCCCCUGCCAGCCCACGCACUUCUGGAACGACGAGACCGGCAGCAAGUACCGGAAGGCGUAUUUCUCCAAGUUCCCCGGAAUCUGGACGCACGGUGACUACUGCAAGAUCAACCCCAAGACGGGCGGCAUCAUCAUGCUGGGCCGCAGCGAUGGCACCCUCAACCCCAACGGGGUGCGCUUCGGCAGCUCAGAGAUCUACAACAUUGUGGAGGCCUUCGAGGAGGUGGAGGACAGCUUGUGCGUGCCCCAGUACAACAGGGACGGCGCGGAGCGGGUGGUCCUUUUCCUGAAGAUGGCUUCUGGCCACAGCUUCCGGCCAGACCUGGUCAAGCGGAUCCGCGAUGCCAUCCGUCUGGGGUUGUCUGCACGCCAUGUGCCCAGCGUUAUCCUGGAGACUCGGGGCAUCCCGUACACACUCAACGGCAAGAAGGUGGAGGUGGCGGUGAAGGAGAUCCUGUCGGGGAAGGCGGUGGAGCACCGCGGGGCCUUCUCCAACCCCGAGACGCUGGACCUCUACCGGGACCUCCCCGAGCUGCAGGGCUUCUGAGGCCGCUCCGGAGAAGAGGAGAGAAGACAGGAGAGGAGAGGAGAGGAGAGGCUCGGAGCCUUCCCCGGGCAGCGCUGGUGGAGCAGGUCCCUGCCUGCUGGAGGAUGGGGCGCUCCUGGACACAGCCCCUGAGGGGCACUCGGCCUGGCCGGCCCCAGUCUGUUUGGCUUCCCGACGCAGUGCCUGGCCCCUCCCUCCAGCCCCCACCCCACCUUGCACUGUUGGGGCUCCGCUGGCACUGCGGCUGCCGGGCUGACUUCAUCACUCGGGGUUCUGGACAGCUGGUGUCGCACCCCUCCUGUGCCCGCCUGGCCAUGGGUCACGGCUGGGAGCCUCUGAAGCACUCCAUGACCGUCAUGUCACUCGCUCUCGGGGUGAGGGGACCCUGGGGGCCAGCAGGCAGCACUUUCUGGGUCACGGCGGUGAUCGUCCUCAGCCCAGUUUGUUCAAGGCUCCGAUAUCCGGGUUCAUUUCUAUGUUCCCCAGGACUCAGCCCAGCGAGUCACCUCCUGAAUUGUUUCCUGGGUUCUGCUUACGCGGGAAAAGUGCUGAGAAGCAUUUCAUGCAAUAAAUGUGUGUCGUGUGCACACGUGUGCA